AUGGCCUCCGCAUUUUUAGGAGUCUAUGUCGCUCUGUACGACUACCAGGCCCAGAACGAUGAGGAGCUUUCCAUCCAGGAAAACGAUCUUCUCUAUCUUCUCGAAAAAUCCGACAUAGAUGACUGGUGGAAAGUGAAAAAGAGAGUCGUCGACGCAGACGUCGAAGAACCAUCGGGACUGGUUCCCAGCACCUACAUCGAGCCGGCAAAGGUGAUAGGCCGUGCCACAGCCCUGUACGACUAUGAUAAACAGACAGAAGAAGAACUUACCUUCACGGAAGGCGCACAAUUCGACGUUUACGAUACGUCUGACCAAAACUGGACUCUUGUUGGCUUGAAUGGUCAUCAAUUCGGAUUUGUGCCUGCUAAUUACAUAGAGAUGGGACAGGCUCAGCAGCCUGCCUCACAAGCGCCACAACAGUCCGUCUAUGGGACCGGCAGCGCCCUGAAAGACUUCCCUCCCCCUCCGCAGAGAGCCGACUUGCGUGAAGAGAGAGGUCCACCUCUUGAAUCCCCUGCUCCACAGAUGCCUGCUAGGCCGAAUCUAGCCGAUUCUGCGCACUCUCCAGACGAGGAAGCGCCUCCUCCGAUGCCUUCUAGACCAAGAAGCAGCACCGUAAAUUCCAGAAGAAGCGUGACUUCGGACGCCUAUGCGGAGUCACGCGAGUCUGAUGGGCUGUCGGCAACUCAGGACAACAAUGCAUUUUUGAAGGACGACUUCUUUACAUGGACGGUGUAUGAGAUUGACGGCAGGAAGAAAAAGAAGGCCACGUUUGCCAUUGGCAACUCGACGAUUUUCAUCACUCCAAGCGGAUCGUCGGACUCCAGAGAUUGGAGCAUCAACGACCUGAUUAGUUACAGCCACGAGAAAAAACAUGUGUUCCUAGACUUUAAGAACCCGAGUGCUUCUUAUGAGCUGCAUGCCGGGACCAAAGAUUCCGCAGAGGCGAUUGUGUCGAUCUUGGGCGAUCUCAAGGGCAUGGCAUCGAUGAGUGUCCUGAAAGACGUCAAGGAGGCAUCGAUUCCUAGUACAAAGAAACAGGGAAAGAUCAUAUACGAUUUUGAGGCCGCCUCUCCGGAUGAGCUUACUUGUUUCGAAGGCGACACCGUCAACAUUAUCAACGACAAAAAGAGCAAGGACUGGUGGAUGGUGCAGAACAUCGAAACCGGAGAACAAGGGGUGGUCCCUUCGAACUACGUCAAGGUUAUUAGCUCUGGAUCGGCUGCGUCCGCGGGUCUGAGGUCGUUAUUCUCCAGAAAAGGCUCUUCCUCCUCGUUGAGUCCUAAGAAGAAACGUAUUGAGAAGGAGAGGAAAAAGGAGGCAGAAAGAGAACUAGCUCUUGAAAGAGAGGAAUUGGAGAGACAGAGACGCCGUCAACAACGUAAGGAGAGGGAGCUCAGAGACCGUGCUGAAAGAGAGAGAAUCAGAAAAGCCGACGAAAAGGAAAGAGAAAAAAGGGCCAAGUCGGCUUCCAAGCACAAGGACUCGUCAAAGCCUAAUCCCUACCGUGUUCGUACGUGGAUCGACAGGUCUGGUGCGUUCAAGGUCGAGGCCGAAUUUCUGGGAUGCUCUGAUGGGAAGAUCCAUUUGCAUAAAGUGAAUGGUGUCAAGAUCGCUGUUGCUGCUCAGAAGUUGUCUGUGGAGGAUUUGGAGUUUGUGGAGAGAAUCACCGGCAUGUCCCUGGAGUCUUAUAAAGACAAAAAGCCAUUGCCUGCAGAGCGUCCAGAGAGUGCUCCAGCUGUUGUUGCCACUCCAGAAAAACCAAAAAGCUCUGCAUUACCAUCAAAUGAAAAAUUGUACGAAUUUUGGUUCGACUUCUUUGUCACUUGCGGAGUGGACGCAAACGUUUGUGACAAGUAUGCAAGAAAUUUCACCACAGAGCAAAUGGACGAGGCUAUUAUGGCAGACAUUGAUACUUCUUUGAUGCGAACACUUGGCUUAAAAGAGGGAGAUAUCUUGAGAGUUAACAAGUAUUUGGAUAAUAAGUUCAACCGCAAGCCAGAGCCUAUCUCGACUCAGCCAACUAAUGGCGGCUUAUUCAGUACCAAUGAUGGCUCGCUGAAAACUAACAAGGCCAACGCAUCGACGGACUCUGUGAACGGCCAAACUCUGAAGCAGCAAUUCGAAGAUGACGCCUGGUCCUUGAAGCCGGCUGCUAAAACUGGCGAGUCCAAGCCAGUGACACCGCAACUCACUGGAUCGAUUCAGGAUCUUGUCAAAAUCAAGCCAAUGGAGCCAACCAAGAGUGGCCCUAUCGACUCUUCAGCUUCAGCUCCUGCGCUUCAAAAGCCUGCAUUGACAGGGUCGACCAGUACCCUUCCAGCUGUUACUUCUCAAAAGACUUCCGGCACUCUGAAUCCACAACUGACAGCCAUGCAGACGGGUGCCCUAAUGGCAAUGCCCACCGGUUUCAUGCCUAUUACCAUGGUUCCUAUGCUUACAGGCCAAGCCACUGGCCUGAUUCCUUUGCAACCAACAGGAAAGAUCAUGCCAGCUACUACCUUUGCUCAAAAGACCGGAGGCACCAUGCCAGCCACCACGUUCGCUCAGAAGACAGGUGGCUUCAUGCCUGUGACCACAUUUGGUUCUUUUGCUCAACCUCAGCCUACGGGAGGCCUAGUGCCUCUCCAGCCAACUGGUCUGGUGAUCAACAAGACAGGAGGCUUGCAAAGAACUGGCGGCAAUCUGGUGCCUUUGCAGACCAGCUUCCCGGCUAUGCAGGCUACCAUGAGAACUGGUGGUCUGAUGGGUCAACCUACGGGCAUGUUUGGACAGCAGACUGGCAUGCAAGGUGGAGUAGUGGGAUCGCAGACAGGAUUUCAGAACGGUAGCUUAGGCCAACCAGCUGGCUUCCAAUCCGGAUACCAGCCAGGUUUCCAAACAAAUAUCCAACCGACCUUCCAAACCGGUCUUCAAACUGGAGCACAAACCACUCUCCAAACUGGAUUCCAAAAUGGACUGACGGGUCAACGUACGGGCUUUGUUCCUCAAAGCCAGUUUGGUAUGAAUCAACUCAGCAACAUGUUUGCGCAGACGUCGCUUGGUGGUCCAACGGGUACGAAUAAUAUGAACACCGGCAUGAACAUGAACACCAUGAAUACUGGGUUCAAUACCACGUCCAACCCUGCUGCGAGCUUCAACACGGGUACUAACAUUAAUGGCAUGAACCAGUUCCCUGCGACCAGCUUCAAUUCUUCGUUCAACGAGCCUUUAACGUCGCAGCCAACUGGACUGGGCUUUGGUAAUGCUCCUUCCACAUCUUUUGGGCCUCAAAGUCAACCUACGGGCAAAAGAGCUAAUCUGGCUAAUGCUACUGCCGAUAAUCCGUUCGGAUUUUAA